AUACGUCCUCCCACCGUCGUAUUACCCCUUCGUACUUCCGCUCUAUCGACGGUCGGCAUCAAACCGGUCUUCUCGCCCUGCGAAGGUGCUUUUGACUACUGCUCGACGAGAUUUUAACCUUUUUUGCGAAGAAUCAAUCCUGAUUUGUUCCAAAAUAAGAUCAUCUUGACCACACAAGUUUAAGUAUUCAAACCCGACUGAAAUAAAUUCAACACCACAGAAAAACCCAAAAACCUAAAACAUGGGUAAAGAAAAAAUUCAUAUAAAUAUCGUAGUGAUUGGCCACGUAGAUUCCGGUAAAUCGACCUCGACCGGUCACCUAAUCUACAAAUGCGGUGGCAUCGAUAAACGUACCAUCGAAAAAUUCGAGAAAGAAGCUCAAGAAAUGGGAAAAGGGUCGUUCAAAUACGCUUGGGUAUUGGACAAAUUGAAAGCGGAACGCGAACGUGGCAUCACCAUCGAUAUUGCAUUAUGGAAAUUCGAGACGGCGAAAUAUUACGUGACCAUCAUAGAUGCCCCGGGACAUCGCGAUUUUAUCAAAAAUAUGAUUACCGGGACGUCUCAAGCGGAUUGUGCUGUAUUAAUCGUUGCAGCCGGAACCGGAGAAUUCGAGGCGGGGAUAUCUAAAAACGGACAAACCCGCGAACACGCUCUCUUGGCUUUUACGUUGGGAGUUAAACAAUUAAUUGUUGGAGUUAACAAGAUGGAUUCAACGGAACCGCCGUAUUCGGAAACUCGUUUUGAAGAGAUUAAGAAAGAGGUUUCGUCGUAUAUUAAGAAGAUUGGGUAUAAUCCGGCCGCGGUGGCUUUUGUUCCGAUUUCCGGUUGGCACGGCGAUAAUAUGCUGGAGCCGUCAGACAAGAUGCCGUGGUUUAAAGGGUGGGUCGUUGAAAGAAAGGAAGGUGGCAAGGCCGAGGGGAAAACGUUGAUUGAGGCUUUAGAUGCGAUUUUGCCUCCGAGUCGUCCAACGGAAAAACCGCUAAGACUUCCAUUACAGGAUGUCUACAAGAUUGGUGGAAUUGGUACAGUUCCUGUUGGUCGAGUCGAAACAGGUAUUUUAAAACCAGGAAUGGUAGUCGUUUUUGCUCCAGUUGGUCUGACCACUGAGGUGAAAUCGGUUGAGAUGCAUCACGAGGCUCUCCAAGAAGCCGUACCUGGCGACAAUGUUGGUUUCAACGUUAAAAACGUUUCCGUAAAAGAAUUACGUCGCGGAUACGUCGCUGGUGAUUCUAAAAAUGCACCUCCCAGAGGAGCCGCCGAUUUUACCGCUCAAGUAAUCGUCUUGAAUCAUCCGGGAAUGAUCGCCAACGGAUAUACUCCCGUUUUGGAUUGCCAUACGGCUCACAUUGCUUGCAAAUUUACCGAAAUCCAAGAAAAAUGCGAUCGUCGUACUGGAAAGGUAAUCGAAACAUUGCCGAAAAAUUUAAAAAGCGGAGAUGCGGCAAUUGUUAAGUUGGUUCCGUCGAAACCAAUGUGCGUUGAGUCGUUUCAAGAGUUUCCGCCAUUGGGGCGGUUUGCCGUUCGCGAUAUGCGUCAAACCGUUGCCGUUGGCGUGAUAAAGUCUGUAACGUUUAAAGAUACAACGGGGAAGGUAACGAAGGCCGCGGAAAAGGCCCAAAAGAAGAAAUAACUAGGCUUAGAACGAAGCAUGUUGUCGUCCGUGAAAGUUGAAAAAGCUUUCGAAAAGGACGUCUUCAUUAACGACCAUCGAUUACCGUUUUCUAGAUGGAUAAAGCAGAAUUAUUUUCACCGAAAGGAGUUUAGAAGGAAAAGUGAUUGUCGGCGUUCCGUCGGUGAUUUCGAAACC